AGGAUGCUCAGCUUUUUGCCCAGAAGUAUCCCAUCCUGUUCAUGGAAGUGUCAGCAUUCACAGGCUUGAACGUGGAUAAUUUGUUCUCCAAAAUAGGUACGUUUACCUUGAAUGUGCUAUUAGACAUGCGUUAUUGAUCAAACGUGAGGUCAAGAUGGCUGGAUAUUGGCCAAGUUCUUUUUGUCUCGGUCAAUAAAAACACACAAAAAACGAGGCCAAUAUUCGGCCAUCUUGACCGAACAAGCUUGGUCAACAAAGGAUUUAUUACAUGGCGAAAAAGAGAACUUUUACUGCUCGCGGAUUCAGCCAUUAAAAAGGAAGAUCACUGAAUGGAGCGGGACGAUAAGUUUUAUAUUCUUACGACAACCUCUCUCUGUUGUUUUUCAAUCAAACCGAACAUUUUACUCAAAUAUUCAGUGAUGUCGUUGACAAUAUUGUCAGGUGUGUACGUAUUCUAUAUUACUUUGAAUUUUGAUAUUAAUUCAAAAUAUUACUGAUAGUUGUGCAAAUACUUUUUGAAGUACUGUGAUGGUAUGAAGUGGCAAUUUGUAGAUUUUUAAAACACUUUGACAUGAAUUGAAUAAGAAAUUUUGCAAGAAUGAGGAAUGUCUCAGUAUGCAUGUAAACAACCUAAUACGACAUGAAAGUGCUUUGUAAUGUGUCAAGAGAUUUCUAUCAUCUCCAAAUACAUCAAUAACAACUUGUGCCUACAUACUGUGCAAAACACUUUCCAUAAAGUAUUCUAUAUAGCUCUAUAUAUCUGCACCUAUAGCUCUUCAAUUAAUUCGGUGACUUACCUCGACGUACUGCAUUGUAGCUGGAAGUUCAGAUAAAUAUUCAUUCUGAGUCAAUAAAGUUGAAGGAAGUGCUUAAAUGUGAGCUUUCAAUUUAUUUUCAGAUGACUGAAUAGGCUUUGUUCAAUUACUCCACCUGAACUUGUGUACAGUUCUCUCUCUAAUACGCAACCUAUACUGAGAUUUUUUUUAGAUUGAUUUGCCGACAUUUUUUUUUGUUUUUUUUUUAGGGGGUUGAGGGAGGUGUUUCGAUGGGUUGCGCCUGAACUUCGAUGCGCUUUGGUUAUUAAGAAUCUUUUACGGGCUGCAACACUUGCUAGUUACAGUAAUUUUUUACACCAAUUUGUUUUCUUUUUCUAGGUUUGAUGGUACAAAGCCGUGUUUUGUUGAAAGCGGAUAACGCUGCAUUUGACAUAUUCGAGGAUGAGCUGGGCACCCAAAUAUUUGAGAGGAGAAAGGCACUUGCAAGAUUAGUAAAGAUGCAAGAAAUUGACCUUUCGUACCACGGGAGAUUUACUCCACUUAUUUAUAAUGUAAUAUCAGGCAUAGAAUCAUUGGUUCUUGACGGCUACUUGUGCACGCUUUGCAAGUUGGAUUUAAGCCACAAUCAACUAUCCCGAUUCCCUAAAGAAAUUGGUUCUCUACUUUCCCUGACCCACUUGUUCCUUAAUGAUAAUAACUUGUCAUCACUACAGCCUAUAAUUAUAAGACGACUGGUAAACCUGCAAGAGCUGGACUUGCGGAAUAACAAAUUAAACAACUUUUCACUGGAUAUCACUAAGCUGAGUUGUCUUCGAAGGCUAAGUGUUCAAGGAAAUCCUCUAAAAGAUGAUGAAACAAGAAAACUGAUGAAGCUCGCCCAUAAUGAGAGAUGGAUAGAUAUUGCAGGUGAAUGUAAAACUUCUUCACAACGUAUAUGCAUUAUUGACCAAGUUCAAGAUGACCGGAUAAGCCAAGUUCCUUUUUGUGUCAUUAUGGACCGAGAUAAAGUCCAGGUCGAUAUAAAUGCAAAACAGAACCAUGCCAAAGCUUAAAGCCAUCUUGACCGAACAAGCUUGGUCAAGCUUGGCCGGGAAAAGAAAUACGUAGCCAUUGCUGAAAGUUAGUUGUUUUAAGAAGUUUGACUGGAAGGGGUUAAUGCAGUCAUGCUUACUGUAUUAGAAGAUGACAUUUCUUUGUUCGAAGAGCUUUUUGCCCCGGGGAGUACUUUAGGACGUUUUGGGUUGGGAUGUGCUACUAGGACCCUGGAACCCUUAGCCUCUACCAGAGCUAGUUAAGUGAAUUUUGCUACCAUAUACUAGACUGAACGCCCCAAAUCCCCCUAUCCUAGAGUAGCUGUUUUCCAAAAACUACUGAGGGCACUAGCACAGUCCAGCCAAAACAAAACCGAUUUGAUUUUUUUAUAUUCUUGAGUGGUAAUUCCUGGUUUCCCUAGUCUAGACUAAAAUCUUCAACCAAUUGAUCAGUUUCCUGGAAAAUGAUACCCUAUUCUAGACCCAAACUCUCUAAUUUAUAUACCCUAUCCUAGAGUAAACUGUUUGAAAGCCAUACCCUUCACAGAAGCACAUAUCUAUAUAGCCCAUAUAUGGCAGAACACCCCCGGGCUUUUUGCCCGAGAAGAACUGAAUCAAGACUACUUAUUCACCAUGACUACAAUGUUCAGCCUGUCGCGAUUAUUUUGCGUUUUUGUCUGGUUUAUAUGUCUAGUGAAAAGGUUAUAGGCGUUUUUCUGUACUAUCGAAUAUAAUGGUUUCUCCGAUUAAUGCCAUUUGUAUUUGUUGUUUAUACUUUUUAAUAGGGUCUGUUUACAUAGAGGUGUGAGGUAACAUGUGACGGGUCACCCCACAUAUCAUGUAAAAUAUGAUCUAAUUAAAAUCAGUAAAAUAAGUGAUUAUAUGGACAGGCGGGUUACCUUGGAUCCCCCACCUCCAUUUUAACAGGCCCUUAGACUAGUAAUAACCAAAGGUUACGGAGUAUGGGCGACAACGAUCGAAGGUCAAAACGUUUCUGCUCAAAUGCUGUGCUUUGCAUAACUUUCACGUGAUAGAUGAUCAAAACACGCGUGAUAAAAUUACAAGUGCCAAGGUCCGAACGCGCGUGAUCACAGAUUGCCUUCGGUGAAUUCCAUUCAUUCUUACUUGAAGUCCACACGAAGCUGGCCACGCACGCGCGGAGCAUGCGUAAUAGCCACCUGGAGAUUAGGAUUGCUGGGCCCUCCUGUCGCACGCAAUUAACAGAUUUAAAAACCUCCUCCCAAAUCAAGAAUAAACAAAUUAUAAAUUAGCUUCUCCGUCACGACUUCGAAGAAAAUAUUUGCUUGGCGCGGCUGACACAUAGCUUUCCCACAUGCAGUUUCAGUGUGCCCUAUCUGGUCAGUUUUGUUCCUUGGUAUGUGGCAAGUACGCUUGAGUUGGGAGGUAUGAAAUGAUAAUUGGGUUAAUAGUUAAGUAGUAUCACAAUGUUUAAAGUCUCGUCUCUGCUAAGUUCGUUUCUACACUAUAAUGACCUCUAAUCUCGUAAAUCGUGAGUUAAGAAAUGCCAAUUUUUCUUUUAAAACUUUGACAUUUAAAACUGUUACUUGUAUUAAAACUGCUAAAUAAUAUUUGCAUUGCAUUUUAUUAUAUUGUCGCAGAAGUUCCAAAAGAAAUUCUGUUCAAAGGACAACAUUCAAUGCUGAUGUAUCAAGAGGCCCUGAGAGAUGGCUUUGUAAAUGUUUACAGGGGUCGCAUUUUUCUGAUCGGUCAGGAUCGUGCUGGGAAAACUAGCCUAAAAAAGUCACUGCUGGGUGUGCCAUUUGACCCAAAAGAAGAAAGCACUGAAGGAAUUGACCCUUCAAAGUGUGAUAUUGAUGUUAAUCGAGUUCAAAGCUGGCGUUUCGACAGCAAAAAUACGAUUUUGUCUGAAGUUUCUGAGCAAAUUUCAAGGUCGUUGGCCUUGGAACUCUUUCCUUCUGAAGCCUCUAAGCAAAUUUCAAGGUCGUUAGCAGUGGAACACUUUCCUUCAAGUCCUGGAAUAGCACGUGAUGGUUCAGCUUUGAGGUUGAAUGGAGCAUCAUCUAGACAAGGAUCCAAAGAAAAAGAAAUGAUAGCCUCAAAUGUCUUCUACGUGAAACUUGCAAAGGUUAGUAGUCUUUCAAAACCUAAACCUGUCUCAAAAUCAUGUUGAAGACUGAACUGCAUUUAAUGCAUGUAUGUGCUGUGAUGUCGCGGAUGAGGGACUUCAUGUAUGUCAAUUGUUUAAUAAAGUUUGUGUGUAUAACGGAAAAAAAUAUAUAUAUUGUAGUAUCUCAAAGUGCCAAUGAGGGGAAAAGAAUCGGAUGAACAACUCUGCUCUGUUGAAUCCGCACAAUCUUGCCGAGACAUGAUAAAGUUACAAACCAAAUGUCCCACUUUGAUUGGUUCACUUCUGUGAGCCCUUUGUUACCUUAGCAUACCUUACACAUCAAUCUAGAUUUUUCCCGCCUGAAAAGUUCCUCGCGCUUAAAUUUUGUUUAGGAUCCCUGUGAUGAUCAGUCUGUUGGUAUUUCUUCAAUUCCUCCAAGUGCUCUCCGGCAAAAUCGUAAGCGUGUCUCGUUUAAACGAACAACGAAUUGUUCUCGCGGUAACCGGACUGCAGAUCGUCUCAAGGAAGCAAUAGCACACAGUUCAACAAGACAGGUUAAAAGUGGGGGUUCCCUAGUGACUGGUGAUGAUGAUGAUAAUCAUUAUCACACUGCAGUUGACGAUUAUGAUGGUCUAAAUGAGGAAAAAAAUUCAACACAAGAAAAGGCAACUACAGUUACAGUUCCUGCUGAGGUUACAAAAUAUACUACGGAGUAUUUAAGGCAGAUGCUUCUACAAGGUCAACAAACUGUCCAUGAUAACAACAGAGAAGAUCCUAUCGUAACCUUAGAGUUAUGGGAUUUUGCGGGACAGCAUCUUUACUAUGCAUCCCAUCCUGUCUUUUUCUCACCACGAGGAGUGUAUGUUCUUGUUCACAACCUGAGCAAGCCACUUGGUUCCAUGGCUGAACCCUGUGUUAGACAGGGAGUUCAUGAUAUUUUUUUAGAAAACCCAAAUGGUGAAACAAAUAUGGAGAAUUUACUGUCAUGGCUUGUUACAGUUCAUAGUAGCAGACCAACAGGCGGAGAAUUGGUUGGCAACACCGAAAGAGAGGACCUGGCUUACCUUCGGCCUCCAGUUUUCAUUGUUGGAACACAUGCGGACAAGCCAGUUGAGGACAUUAACGUAAUUACAUCACAGAUCCAGCGGGGUAUUUCUGGUAAGGAAUAUGAGAAGCAUGUGAUCAGGCCAUUCUUCAAUGUUGACAACACGAAGGGCAACAGAUCUAUGAUAAGACGAAUGAGAGAGUUUCUUGGGAAGCGCCUUAAAAAAGGCCAUCAACCAGGUAUAGUCUUUGUAUGUACAGGUAGAGUAACAAUGCCUCAGUGAACUUUAGGCCAAAAAAGGACAUCCUGCAUGGAAUUUAAAUAAAGCUUUUUCAUUAGCACUCCCACGCUUAUCCCGCCAGCUACGCAGGCUAGUAAAUGUGAAAAUUAAAGAGAUGAGUAUAGCAGAUAUUCCUUCUGUCAGAGAUUUUGUUUUCUUGAUUAAAUGUGACUACUGUCAAAAGCCAGUUAGUGAAAGUUAGGAGGUGUUUACAUGAGAAGGCAUUGCACCGGCGCGAGUUUCAUACCGGGAUGACUUUUUGAUUUCGUAUCACGUUUACAUGAUGACUGGGUCAUUUCAUAUCUCGCUAUUUGAAGGUACACUUCAUAUUUAUAAAAUACACGUGUGAUUCAAAAUCGCAAACAUAACGCAUGCGCUACCCGUUCCAGUCUACCGGCAGACCGAUCUCAAACCGAAACGUGUGUGGUCGUUUCGCGUUUACAUAAUACCGUUGUGAGAUUUCGUACCGCAGUGAAUUCUCGCCAAGGUACAACAACCGAGGUGAACUCACGCCGGGGUGACUCGCGCCGGCAUGACAUUUUGUGGUGGUAUCAUGUAAACAAAUGUAGAGCCAUGAGAGGGAACCGGAGUGAACUCGCUCCAGCGCGAAAGUCGCCCUGGUGUCAUGUAAACACCCCCUUACUAGAUCCUGAGAUGACACUUCCCCAAAAUUAUAUGCACUCGGAAACUGAAUUUUGCGAGGUUUACCUGUUUUCGGUUGUGUCCAACCAAUAGCGUUAUAAGACUUUAAUACAAGUAACAAACUCACCCUCCGGUUAUUUUGUGAAGAACAGAAUUGAACUCCAGACCUCAGUACAGUGGCAACCAAAGACGACAUCCCAACUUACUGCGAGAAAACAGAAAAUCAGUUGAAAUGUAGUCCUACAAGUUUCUGACAGGAGCCGAUACCGAUGAAAUAUUCUUCCAAGCUAGAACAAUCAAUGUUCCCCUGUUCCCUUGAAAACUAAAUUAUAAAAAGGUAUACCUUUUCCGCUGAAAGUAAAUGGCCAUUUUUUCUUGUUCACCCAAACCUCUGGGAGGCCCUAGCGUGUUAUAGUUCUACUAGGUAAUACAGUAAGGAACUGUUAAAUGCCCUCUUGAUUAGUAUUAAGCAGACCCUGCCGAUCUAGACGACCCAUCUCAGCUGCUCUUACAUACCUUACAUUUCCAUAUAACACUGACAUUUAUCAAAUCAGCAAAUACUUUGUUGAAACGUGCCAAAAGAUCGCAAACCACCAACCAAAAAAACAGAAACAAAUAAACAGUACAUCAAAAUUUUCCCCCAUCGUGCAAGCUUCUACAAUGCUAAAAUUUUACUUGAACAAUUAGCAGUUAGAUUAUCGCUAGUAUUUUUUCUUAUUCAGUGAAAACGAAAAAUGGCAGCAAUAUAUAAUCUCAUACCGGCUUGUAACUGAUCAUUACAAAGCUCUUUAAGAAAACGAAAAUCGUAACAUCCUUUUGUAAUGUAACACGCAGUUAGCGUGCUUAAUGUAUUUUUUCCCCAAGGGCAAGAAGGUGACAGUGAUGGCAUCGAUGAUUUGCGUGCUAAAAUCAUGGAAGUGUUGAGACAAGAGCCAUACAUGGGGGAAAAGAUACCAACCAGGUGAGUCAUGUUUUAGUGACAGUCAUGUGCAAUGAAGUUUUCGCGCAUCAAACUUCGCUUUUUUCACAGCUCUUCGCCCAAACUGAUUCCUUAUCUAAAGCUGAUGGGGAUUGCCUUGACGGGUUUUUGCAGAAAAAGGAUCCGAUUCUGAUCCAAUUGGCAUGUGUUCAGGUUCUUUUUGGUUUAUGCUGGUCUGUGAUAAUUCCAGCAAGGUAUUAGUAGCUCAUUUUGAAAAAGUUCUUCAUAAAGUAUCAAAUCGAUUUUUCUAAACUAAACCCUUCAUGCGAAUCUCUUGCUGUCAUAACAUAUCUCGUUUCCUAGUUUUAAUUCGAGUGGCAGUUUCUUGCUACUCCAGAUCUUUGACUAAACGCAGCUGUUGCUUUGCCCAUUCGGCAGUUGUCUAUAAUUCGUGUGUGGCCGAUAGAACUUCAGCCACACAGGAGUUAUGUCCCGUGAAAGUGCAAUCCUCUACCACUGUUCGGUUAAUGGAGACUUACGAUCGGAGUAGGGUUUGGGCCUCAACUUGUUCUCCGUUUUCUUGGCAGUGAUCAUUAUGCUAAUACUAAUAGCGAUGUCUAUAAUUUCUGCCACAAAGUUUUGGAGCUCCUGGGUGCCGUUCGUGAGCGUCGUGCGUGUAGUUAAGGUCUAAGAAAUGCCUAUUCUCAUAUCACACAAUGCUCUUUGCUCCAGUCCAUUUCUCCAGCACCCAAUCGAUAGUUACCACAAAUAGGAGCGACGAAAGCAAACACACCUGAUGGACCCUCGUGAGGAAAUGUUGUUCCUGACACAACAUCUUCACUUUUUGUAACAGGACUUUGUUCAAGUUAGCUUCAUGCUAAACCAGAUGUUCCUGUAUAAAUAAAUAAAUGUUCUUAGGUGGAAUGCCAUACUGGAACAAGACAUUUCACAAAGAUUCUCUGUGGACGCUGUCGAAUGGCUUUUUGAUGUCGAUAAAGCUGACUGCCAGAGGCGGCUGGAGCGCAUUGCACUUCUCACUGACGUGCUUAUAAUAAAGAUUAAUUAAUAUUAUUCACAUCUUCUUGCUCAAAAAAUGAACACCGGAGCGGUACAGUGACUCCUUAAAAUCCGAAUUUAGAUUUGUUCUAAUAAUCUAUUCGGCCUCCGGUAGAAAAGCAUUCGUAGGCUGAAAAGUGAAAUGAUAAAGAGGGACUUGAAGGUAAUAAACGUACGGAUACAAAGGAGUUAUAUUUUUCAGUGUUUUGCUAUAGAACUCAUUUGCUGCAAACGUGUAUGAACUACGACUGUUUUUGAGACUGUCUUUUGUAUGCGAUAUUGUUUUUUGUUAACCUUUGUAGGUGGGCCCAUUUUGAGAGGGUACUUGAGGAGUUGGUGGCUCAGUCAAUUCAUUACAAGACUGUGGAACAACUGCAAAUUUCUGCCAGGGAAGAUUGCCUCAUUGACGAUGAUGACGAGUUUCAAACAAUGUUAAAUUUCUAUCAUGACCUCGGCCUGAUUAUAAAACACAGGAGCACAGUUGUUCUGGAGGCUAAAUGGCUGAUUGACCUGUUUAAAGAGCUGAUUACCAUUCCUCGUUUUGAUAAAGCGGUGAGAAAAAAAGUAGAAGAAAGAAGAGUUUCAUAAUUUUACGAUAUAAGUGGUGUUUUUCAGUUGUUACAUUGGCUAUACAACUUAUACGACUUAUUAGUAAGCAAAACGCAGGAUUCUGCUGGCCUAAAUUGUAAUUGUAAUCUUAAAGGAUAACGUUCACUGUCUUCAUUUGUGACAUCGUUAUGGCAUGGUAGAGAUAUAUGUCUUCGUUUAAGCGAAGCUAGGUAAAUUUAGAGUUACCCUUUUUGCACACGAACAAAAAUUGAAGUUACAUUCACAAAAUAUUUUUAAGAGGUCGCAUCACGUACGUUACGCACGUUAUUUGAAGAAUGCGGUUAUUAUAAUAACCUGAAAAUGUGAAUCGUGUCGCGUAUAUUAAACCUACGAAACUUAUGAGCAAGCGGUAGGUGUGAUUUAGACACUGAAAUUUACAUAAAAGGUUUAGUUAUACCGCAAAAGUGAACCUUAAGAUAUACGUCUUGGUUGCUGCUAAGCCUGGAAAUCCUGACACUAUAUAUUUUGUUGCUUUUAGAACCCUCUUUUUUCAACCUACUGGAAGGAACUUGAAAAGAGUGGUGUUCUCUGCAUGGAACUUGUCAGUCACGUGUUUUCCAAAUUUGUGGAUCAAACCAUUGUCAAGGAUGACAUUUUGGAUAUGAUGGACCAGUUUGGUUUGAUUGCGAAAUUUACAUCAAGCACCUCUGGUACCACGUACUUUGUACCCGCGCAGCUCAGGACCCCACCCACAGAUAUUUGCAAACUACACCCUACCCCAGAAGAUCCAUGCCCACUAUAUCUUCAUUUUCGAGGUGGGUUUGUUCCCAAAGGUCUCUUCAUACGCCUUGUUUCCAGUUCUAUUUCCUGGUGCUGUAAGACUUGGCAGGAGACACCACCUCCUACUCUGUACCAAAAUGGUGCUCAUUUCGUCAUUGUCGACAAGCAGAUCAUCUAUGAUUUUAUUCUUCUUUGCAAGAAAAGUUUUAUCAAGAUUGCGCUGAAGCAAAGAAAUGAAGAUGAAGAGUCAGUUUCAGUGUCUGAAUCAGUUGAAAUACCAAGUCGCGUUCGUGUCUUCAUAGACGACACUUUGCAAAAAUUGUCUCACGAGUUGCCAUGUCUUAGCGGGUUGCAGUACGAGUUAUCCGUUGCGUGCCCCCACUGUCUGGAUGAAUGUUCAAACCACCGUGAAGCUGCAUGUACCCAAGACGACUGUUUACACUUUUUUGAAUUAAAGGAAGGGCAGCGGCUGAUAUGCACGAAGAACGUUCGUGAUCGUGUGAGGAGGGUUCUUGGGAUGGAAAAGUGGCUGUCUUUAAGAAGAACCCAGGUAAAAUUAAUAAAGUGUAGUAUGAAAUGACGUAAAGUAAUCUUUUGCGAUGUUGACGUUAACAAUACUAACCUGCGUAGCUGGCCACUAAGGUGCGCGACAAGCGUGCUCGAACGAGUGCUCCCCUCCAUUGCCCCUCCCCAACCAAACCCGUUAGCUACUGGUCAGAGCGGGACUUGGAAUCUGAGCCUCCGGAUGACAACUCAUGUGCGUUGACCUCUCAACUAAUCUUCCUCCGUUUUUGUGGAUAAUGAUCUCAACAUUAUAUACCGGAGAGGUGAAUUAGUUUUAUUGCGUGUUACUGUGGUCGGGGGAAGGGGAGUAAGCGAAGUUGGUCUCGUAUGGGUAAAAAAAAAUUUCGUUGACGGAAAAUGCCUAUCCUGCCCAUAUCUGGCACUUUUUUAGAACAAGUUUCCUUUACACUGACGUGAAAGUAAUUUUGCUUUCAUAUCUGAAUAGCCAGAAACGCUUAAGAUAACUUAACUUUUCCCCUGUUUCAUCAAAGUUACCGAUACCAUUUUUAGCAGUUUGUAAACUUUUUCAGUUUAAUUUAUAUUUAUAUUCUUUUUGAUUUGGUGUUGACAAGGGCUGAAAACUUACUAUUCAAAAUUUCAACGCCCUCCCAAUGUGCUGUUGCUGAAACCGAGUACAUACGUACUGUCUCGAAGAGAAAGUACCGCACAGAUUUUCUCAAAUCCCAUAAUGAAUUAGUCUUCGUCUAUCGUACGUUUAACGUUGUUUUACCAUCUUUUAUAAACCAUAUAAGUCUUGGUAGGGAAGACUUAAAAGAAAAUGCUACAACACUUCAGCAACCAGGCGAGUGCGUUAUGACCCCGUUAACUCAAUUGGUGGGGAAACCAGUAUUCACUUUGUCAAACGCAUUGCUUUUUUUAGGUGCAGUAUACUCCCCGUUCUCUUGGCACGUGGCAACAUAGGGGAGGUGAAAGUGACCCAGAGAAAUCUCUUAAAGCACUGAAUGUUACUUUGUUGGCGAGUGAGUGGGGCUCAUCCAUGGGUGGCUUGUCAACAAUAAACAGAAAUCUCGCCAUUCUACUUGCGAAGCACAGCUUAGUCAACAUUACUCUUUUGGUGCCACAAUCUUCUUGCAGCGAGGAGGACAGGAGAGACGCUGCGAAACAGAACAUUGUCAUUCGGGAAGCAGAGAGUCUACCAGGCUACUAUGAUCCUCUUGACUGGCUGAGCUCCCCACCGAAAAACCUUGCUAUCGACAUCGUCCUGGGCCAUGGCGCAAAGUUGGGAAAACAAGCGCAAGUAAUUCGGAAGUACCACGGCUGUAAGUGGGUGCAGGUGGUCCACACUGCACCUGAACAACUGGGAAUGUUCAAGAACUAUGACAGCGCGGUUGCCAAAGGUGAAGAGAAGGACAGAGCUGAAGUAGACUUGUGCAGACUAGCAGAUCUUGUCGUGGCAGUAGGACCCAAGUUGAGAGAAGCCUAUUCAUCCCGCCUCCGUGUUUACAAGAAACAUCAAUGUAUCUUCCAGCUUACUCCAGGUACUUUCCAUGAAUUUUCAAUGCUAGAACAAGCUACACUGGAAGAAGGGACGUUUAAGGUUUUAACCUUUGGCCGCGGUGAUCCUGAAGACUUCAGUCUCAAAGGAUAUGACAUUGCCGCCAAAGCAGUGGUUGAAUUGAAAGAUAGCUCUUACUGCCUGGUGUUUGUGGGCGCUCCCAUUGGGAAACAAGACGAAGUCGCCCAAAACUUGCUCCAGACUGGAAUCGCUAAAGACCAGCUUUUUGUCAGAGCGUUUGUGCGGAGCAAGGAAAGGUUAAAAGAGUUGUUUUGUGAGGUUGACCUUGCCAUUAUGCCUUCCAGAACAGAAGGUUUCGGAUUAACAGCUCUGGAGGCGUUGUCUGCUGGUCUCCCCAUUCUGGUGAGUGGCAAUUCAGGAUUCGCACAUACGCUACGCGAUUUACCCUCAGGAAAAUCGUUUGUAGUGAAUUCCAACGACCCCACGGAAUGGGCGAAAGCAAUUGCUGCUGUUCGCCAAAAAGGAAGAGCACAACGUCUUCAAGAAAUCCAAACCUUGUUUGCUAGCUACGAAGAGAGGUACAACUGGGAGGAGCAGUGUGGAGCCCUUGUUGAGAAGAUGUGGAAUAUGGUCCAGGGUAAGUGCUUUGUUAAAGUACUAUUAUCAUGAUGUAACCCCAUCCGUUUAACAUUUGGUGACGUGGCGCAGUAGACGAGGAGAUGACUUUACAUGUAGAAGGUCCGGUGUUGGUCUCCCGGCUGAGGAAAUGUUUUUCCCUUUUUUUGGCUGUUUUGUUUUUGUUUUUAACCAUACUUUUUCUUACCUGUUGCCUGGUUUUAAUUUAUUCACACUGCUGCCCUUUUUUUACACCUUCGCGAGGUGUUGCGAUAAACGUAUUUUUAGUUCCUAUUAAAGCUUAUAAUUUGAAUAUUUCCUCUUUAGAAAGUUGGGAUCAUAUAUCAGCUUUGAUUUUGAAGUAUGACGACAAAAUAAAAAACUAAAGGAACGAAAACAAUUAUCAUGGCUUAGCUUCUUCUCCUAUGUUGAGAAGUAAAGGCUAAAGGCAUAUGUCACAAUUUCCUUAUGUUCCAGCUUCCUUUAUUUCCAAAGUAAAAAUACGUACGUGGAAUGUUAGAAUGUAAAACUGCAGUAAAAAUAGUUGAACACAAAUUGGUUCCCUGCGUGAGUUUCAUUUUUCCAGCUGGUUGGGUUUUGAAAAUACCGUCGAUGAAUCAUAAAAUUGAGGGUAAAAAAUUGUGACCAUGUCGUUUAAAAAUAAAGUACGAUACAAGUAACGAUUUGUUGUCCUCCGGCCUCAUUCACCAGUGGCAGAAAAGAUGCCUGUAGAUUAGUGGUGCCAACACUUUCUGUAACUAAGUCUAUGCUCACACUAUCAUACGGAUCACAGCUUUUGCGCGGGAACGAAAAUCGUACCGGAUAGGGCUUCUGUUGACACAUAACAACGGUGAUUUUGGCGCGAUUUCUGUAUCGGGGCGAAGCUGCGCCGCGCCGGUGAUGAGAGUGUAUCGUCCAUAUUGGAUAGGUUUCUGUCGGGAUAGUGUAGACAAAGCCUAUAUGAAACGUUAAAGUUAUUAACAAGAGAGUCCUCUCUUGGUCAUCAAGGUAUAACUAACUCUAACUUUCUGAGACAUUUCAAGAGUUUACCUUCAUUUGCGCUCUUGCUUUAGAUCCCAAGUUUUAGAUUAAGUUAAGUCGUCUUUACUCAUAUAGGUUUAGAUGAGAUGUCUUGAUAAGCACAGUGUCUGAGGUCCAACGAACUGUGCUGUCGUUUGUUUCCUUCGCUGUUUGCUUGUCUUCUUUAACCUACAGUGUGUUUGUUAUUUCUUUGUUUCCCUUAGAAAACUAGAAAGAAAGUCAAUCUCUUGUGGAGCAAAAUCUCCUCUGACUUAACAACAAAAAUGAAUGUAUGCCCUAGCUGAGUUCAUCUUCAAGAUGCAGAACCAAGGCAGAACCAUGCAAUUCUUUGACUACAUUUACAAGUAUACUCAUUCGCCUCAAGAGAAGAAAACUGCCAGCUUAAAAAACGUUUAUCAGUAAGGAAUUUUAAGUAGUUUAAAUGAGUUGAUUAAUCUCAUGAUUAGAGAAAAGACCUACAUUAUUGGAAAGUACAGGUAGUUUUAUAAUUUGUAGUUAGGUUGAAAAAGGUCCUUCCAUUAGUUAAUGAGUGAAAAUAAUUCAGAAACUAAGUAACUAUUCUAGGUUUUUGGAAAAUGACCCGAAUACGAAUACAUGCCCCUUCCCAUGGUUAUCUGGUCUGCGAAUAGAGUCGAUUCGCGCCCUCUGUUCAGAAUUUUGAACUUAUACGUGUAAUUAGCACUGAUAAUUCGAAGGGAAGGGUUGGGUGGAUUUAAAAUAAGGUAAAGGCAAUUUUACGUAAAGCGUUUGUUCUAUUACUUAGACAGUAUAUUCAGUAUUUUUGCAGGACAUGUUCGUAGAACCGAUUUUUUUAAAGAUUUUCUAUUGAAAGGGAAAAGCGGAGAAAGCAAAUUCUCCCUAAAUGACAGCAGUUUAACGUUCAUAGAUCAACAACACCAAUAUAAUUUCAGUUUGUCGAGAAGAAGAAAAUUAGACAUUUCGGAUUAAAUAGUUAGAGAAAUCAUUUAUAACUUUGGUAUGUAAAAAGAAUUCCAUAUCACUGUAUUUUUAUGUUUUUAAAAUCAAGGUAAAGGUUUGGGUGGAUUUCAAACACAGUAAAGCCAAUUUUAUGAAAAGCAUUUAUCGUACUUCAUAAGACAGUAUUUUCAGUAUUUUUGUAUGACAUGUUUGUGGAACCCACCAAUGUAGAUUUACAAUUAAUGAGCGACAACUGAGAAAACCAAAUGCUCUCGUAAUGAAAUUAGUUAAACGUUAAUUGAAAUUUUUUAGGGAAGACGUUUCAGAUAGAAUAGUAAAAGAAAUCAUAUGUUAUAACCAUAGUAACCAUAGUAUGUAAAUAGAAUUCUAUGUCAUAUUAUUUUUAUGACUCUAAAAAGGUGUAAUGGGAUGUUAAACAAAGUAGGAAAAAAAUUAAACACACCAAAGAAGCCGAAAUGCUAAGAGGAAAGCACUUUCAGUAACACAUUGCUUACAAAUAAACUAUGUGCUAUUUUGACUGUAUUGUUGUCAUUCCAUUGUUGCUUUACUGACGGAUCGAUUUGGGACCCGGAGUAGUGUAGGAGCUGCUCGGAAGGUCUCUCCUAAUUGGUCGCGGGAAACAAUGACAUGUGAGUUGGGACUCGAAAUUGAAGGAUUGUAUGCAAUACUGAAAAGAUCAUACUAGAGUGGUUCGUUCACACGGAACCACGCUUACCGUACGAAAGUUAAGUCACUUAGCCGUACAAAGCUCUGUGUGAAUUGAGCAGAAAUAUUGAACUAAACGGCCUCGUGUGAAGGAAGUGUCAGGUUAAAUUUUUCAGUCGGUUGAAAAUUAGGGCCUGUUUAUAUGGAGGCGGGGGACCCCAGGUAGGUGAAGUAACCCGCCUGUCCAUAUAAUCUCUAAUUUUAAUUUAAUUACGUUUACAUGAUAGGUGGGGUGACCCGCCACAUGUUACCUCACCUAUCUAGGGUCCCCCACCUCCAUGUAAACAGGCUCUUAGUCCGGUGCCAUGUGAACGUACCGCCGUUCCCUCAGACUCGCUGGGCCGGUCAUUUUAAACGGAGUUUAGCUAGACUACGAGUAGUCCCUAUUUUUCCUCAGGGAUAGUAGGGCGAGCGAAACGCGAUCGCGCGUGAAAAUCACCCCACGCGAGAAAGGCGGGACGCGGUGGCGUCUAGAGGUUGGCCAGUCUUUAACGAAACCGCGUUCUAAGCCAUGAGUCGGCUCAACGCUUUCUUCUAAACCUUGUUUUAGAAUGAACAGUGUAAUGAAAGCAUAUCGAUCCAGUGGAACCCAGGUCACCUCGUUAUUACGGCCACUUUUUUUCGGCCCCUGCAGAACGGUCAUACAUUUCCUUAUAAAAACACCCCUGUUAAUGCGGUCACUCGUUAAUACGGCCAACGGCCACAUUUUAAAAUCCCAAACACUAGAAUCGCUUAUAAUUUUACCCCGUUAAUACGGCCACUUGUUUGAAAUUUAGAAAAUUAAAAUGGCUGUGACAUGUCAAUAUUGUUGACCUAGUACUCUGAGCCUGUUCUUGUACUGUUUUUAGACUACAGUACAUAUAAAGUGCAGUUGUUGCGAUUUGAUAGCCGAAUUUUAAAAGUGAUUUAUGUACUAAAGAGAAAUUUUAAGUAGUUUUUUCCAAUUACUGUACGCGAUAUUUACAUUUCGGUUGUUUAUUAAUGAGAACAGUUGUUCAAGAAAUGCGAAUGCGUUGUACGGUGUAUUUGUCUUAUUUUGACCAAAGACAAGUAAUUGUCGAUAAAAAAUCCAUCUUUCAAAGUCCCAUAUAUAGCAUUGCAAAAGGGUUAACCCAUGGUUUUGGCCGCGGUGAUUCUGAAGACUUUUUGGCCAAACCCCUUGGAAAAAAAUGUGAUUUUUGGAACUUUGAAAGAUGGAAUUUCUUAUCGCCAUCAAGCUCUCUUUUCUAUCUAGAAUCGUAUGUUUCUUUCCUAUCUAGAAUAUUUUAAAACACUAUUUCUAGUCUUAUUUUCAACGAAAACACGUAAAGAAAAAAAUAGAAUUUUUUGGCCAAACCCAUGGUUAACCCCUUUGCAAAAAAUGCAGUUGUUGGGACUUUGAAAGUUUGAAAAAUGUUUCUUUUCUAUCUAGAACAUUACUAAACAUUAUUUCUAGUCUUAUUUUGACCGAAAACAAACUGUAACGACCAGCUUAUUGUUAGAGCAUUUGUACAGAGCAAGGAAAGGUUAAAACAGUUGUUUUGUGAGGUUGACCUUGCCAUUAUGCCUUCCAGAACAGAAGGUUUUGGAUUAACAGCUCUGGAGGCGUUGUCUGCUGGUCUUCCCAUUCUGGUGAGUGGCAAUUCAGGAUUCGCACAUGCACUACGCAAUUUACCCUCAGGAAAAUCGUUUGUGGUAAAUUCCAAUGACCCCAAAGAAACCAGGAUUCCCGCUGUCUGCGUUGAUAAUUAAUUAUUUUUAGCUUGGUAUCCUUACGUUGCUCUGUUCCCUGAUUUAUUGUGUAAUAUCGGUUUGAGUGUCACCGGUUUACGCAAAAUACGUUUCAACGGCUAUCCACUCCGUCGAAUUUCCACAAAAAAAAUCAGUUCCCAAAGAAACCAGGAUUCCCGUUGUCCGCCUUAAUAAUUUUAGAUUGGAGUCAUGUGGACCUUCUCUUUAAAACUGAAAGCGGAAAAAACAAGAUCAUGAUCAAUAAAGUUUACUUGGUAAUCCCAAAGCCUCCGCUACCAUCACCUGUAGAGAUAGGAAGAAACUAAGAAGCUAGCACAAGUUUGCACUUUGAAAAGUACCCGAAUUAGAGUGGUAUCCCUACGCAUCCCUUUUCCCUGAUUUAUUGUGUAAUAUCGGUUUGAAUGACACCGGUUUACGCAAAAUCCGUUUCAACGGCUAUACGGUCUCGGUCGAAUUUCCACAAAAAAAUCAGUUCCCAAAGAAACCAAGAGGAUUCCCGCUGUCCGCGUUGAUAAUUUUAGCUUGGUAUCCCUACGUUGCUCUGUUCCCUGAUUUAUUGUGUAAUAUCGGUUUGAGUGUCACCGGUUUACGCAAAAUACGUUUGUCACAACACAACAGGGGAAAGUAUUAGAAUUUCCGGUUCAACCCCAACGCUUCCGGUUACAUAUAGAAAAUGCAGUCACACGAAACAAGCCGUGAAAACGAAAGCAAAAAGAGUUGAGUAGAAUUACAUUAUACAGAUUAUAACAUAUAUCCUAAGCUUUAAUUAUAGUUAUAGAUAUGAAAUAAAUCUUAUCCGAAUAAUGUACGCAGCUAAUUCAUCGAUUAACAUCAAUGCUUCGUGAAUGUUUCUGGUCUCCGUUAUUCCAAACAAAGGCAAGAUUUCCGUACAACCCCAUACAUUAAUUAUGCAUACAUUCAUUGUUUAAAGAAAACAAAAGACAGAACACUACUAAGCCUUUGGGAUUUCGGCUAUUGUUUUAGAAAUUUUUAAUUUUUUUUCUAAGGCAUGGGUCGCACUUGGGAAAAGUUUUCAUCUUUGCCGGCUAAAAAACCACAAAAAUUCGAAACCGCAACCGGAAAAGAAAACUUUUAGUCCAACCGAGGAGGGUCGCAUAAUAGUGGGAGUUAAUAGUUUUUGCUUUGACCCAUUGAGAACUGAAGAACGCCAGAUACCAGAAAACAUUUUUCUCUUCUUCGUCCGAACCUUUUUUCUGUGAUUCCUAUUGUUUAGCUCGAGUUUUCCAAAAUCUGCCUGCCCCACCCAAGCACUACGGCGUCUUUGAUGUUUUUGCCGAUUUUCAAAGUUUUUUCUAACUUGAAAACUCGGGGUCGCACUUCGCAAUGUCCACCGAUGACAGAUUUCUACCGCAAGGUAAACAAAUUCUCCCAAAAAUUUGCCAAGUGCGACCCAUGCCUAAGUCUUUUUUGAAACGCGCUAAAUUUGGCGCUUUUUGCACUAAAAUAAGAACUUUUUGGAGCAAAUUUCGGACUAUUUUCGCUUUCCGAAACCUAACUUUUAUAAUGACCCAAACAUAAUAUUGUGCAACAAAUACAAUAAUUUUGACACAAAUAUACUUUCCAGAGGGUACUCAACCAAAUUCCAGGGGGUGGAGGGCUAUGACAAGCAUCCCCUACAGUGUAAAAUGGAAAUUCCAGAGGGUGGGGGUGGGGGGGUCUAACUUGAAAGUUCCCUACGUAGGGGUAUGGAUAUUUUCUGGAACUACACAAUAAUAGAUGUGUUUAGUAUUUUACUGACUGCUUCAGUGCAUAUAUGCCAACUCUCCCGGAUAAAAUAGAGUUAUGAGCUUCUCUGUGCUUUCAUUUCGAGUUUUUCCCAUUUUUUCUCAAAAUUCCAAUUUUCUCUGAUUCAUAGUUCGGUUUCUGGAGCCUUUUUGCACGUUUUUCAUCACUGACAAAGAUUAUUUCGCCUUCACAAUCAUAAAAGCGAAUUAUGAAGGUCUGUAGUUCGUGGAAGAACUCAUAUAAUGUCGUAAGCUUAUUGGGGGAUCGGCGGGAAGGGGGGGGUUGGUCGUUAAAAUUGGGGUAGGGGGUAGUGAUGCAAAAGAGAGAGUCUCCAGAUUUUAGAUUUCCAGGGGUUGGCAUCUCUGUGAGUGUGGUCCCUUGGUUGAUGGCUUCAAGCAAGGUUCCUAUGGAUGUAUAUAUGUUGUAGUUAAUUUUUCAUCUCAGGUAAUUUGUAUUCUUCUUUUGUUUCAACUUCAUUAACAAUACAUUAAAAUACCCAAAAGAUGGGAACUGGAGCCAAAAUGCGUCCCACAAUUAGGGAGUUUUAGCAACGACGACGGCGACAGCAACAAGAAAGUCAAAACAGAAAUAGGUUUAUUAAGCAAAACAACAAGUUUGCACGUGCAUCACACUCUUUUGUACAUUUCUUUGCCGUUGCUGCACGACUACGACGUGAAAAUGCCUAAUUUCACCUUUUAGGGAGGAUGUAAUUUUCUCUUUUUAAACUUGAGUGCAGUUCCCAAGAAAUCAACUCCAGGAAAAUUUGCCUACAUCAGACAUUUGGAAUAAACGCGAUAAAGUUUGAAAAAGUGACACUUUCGCUGCUGUAGCCGUCAUCAAUGCUAAAACUCCCUAUUGUUUCUGGGAUCAUUACUAGGGACGUGCUGGCCAGCUAUUGGCCAAUGUUUUCCCCUGUUCCUGGUAACACUCCCACAAGUCUUUGCAAAAUUAAAGAGGCCUGGUUUCCCAUUCAUUUCUUAAGUGGAGAAGAAAGACACCAGUGCUGUCAAUUCUCCCGGAUAAUCCAGGAGACUCCCUAUUUUGAACCUUUUCUCCCGGUCUCCAGAUUAGAGUCUGAAAUCUCCCGCACAGUUGCCGAAGUUUGCUAUUUCUUGUAGAUUCAACUUUCUGUCAAUGAAAUUUAAAAUAUUUUGGGUUGUUUGAGCUAUUUAAUUUUUAACAUUGAACGUUUCCUCAGAAACCUUAGCAUGCCAUCGUAAUAUAAGCAAUAAUGUGAUUGGUGGGGAAGUAAACCAAUCAGGUACAAAUGUUACAAUUCCAACAACAUCUUUUUCGCAUGUUUUUUUGCACAAAUGACGUCAUGUUUUGUGCAUUAUGACAUCAUCUACAUGUAUUAUCCCUUCCCUGUCAAUUCUCAAUAUUUGAAGAUGUCGGGGGUUGACAGCCCAGGACACUUUGACCUAAAUGUGAGCGACAUACCUUUUUCACUUCAUCUUCUUUUGAUGUGUCAUAUGUUCCUUCCGAACCUACAAACAACAGCAUUUGUUGCAUGAAAUAACACAAAAUGGUAGAUGUUUUUCUGAUGACUGAGUGACAUGGGGGCGAACUAGACAGAUGACUGAGAGCUGCAAGAUGUCUAUGGACUACUAGGAGUUUGUCAAGGGCUUGGAGUCCUCUUGCUCUUGCCCUUUUUCUCUUCUCUCUUCACCAUAUAAUGUCAUGUAGUUUCAAUUAAUUUACACAUAAUAUGGUUCUAAGCCCUCUCUUCGUAUUGUUUCCACAUUUUUUGGAAAUUACCUUAAGGCUCGCUAGUGAUGUUUCAGCAAGGCAUAGGUUCUAACUCAUAGAGCAAUAAUUUGGAAAAAAAAAUUAAAGGCAAAAUUGACUGAUGUUAUUAAGAUGUGUCUGCAUUAUCAGAGCACUCUACAGAAUACAGGUGGACAAGUAAAUUCUACACAAGAUGAAAAUGGAAAACCAUGCAGACACUGCGAGAAAUUCUGAGAAAACAAACCUAACAUUAAACAGGUCUGUGUUAUCUGCCGAAGCCGAAGGCU